GCCUGGCGCGCGGGCGUGUACUCCCAGCGCCGCGCCUUCGUGAGCCCCGGGCUGGCGCAGCCGCCGCUGCAGGCGGGCGCGAUGCCGGGAUGGGCCUGAUCUGGCUUCUGCUGCUCAGCUUGCUGGAACCCGGCUGGCCAGCUACGGGGCCUGGGACGCGACUGCGACGCGAUGCGGGCGGCCGUGGCGGCGUUUACGAGCACCUCGGCGGGGCGCCCCGGCGCCGCAAGCUCUACUGCGCUACCAAGUACCACCUCCAGCUGCACCCGAGCGGCCGCGUGAACGGCAGCCUUGAGAACAGCGCCUAUAGCAUCCUGGAGAUUACUGCUGUGGAAGUGGGCGUGGUGGCCAUCAAAGGGCUCUUUUCUGGGCGUUACCUGGCCAUGAACAAGAGAGGACGGCUGUAUGCUUCGGAGCACUACAAUGCAGAGUGUGAGUUUGUGGAACGGAUUCACGAGCUGGGCUACAAUACGUAUGCUUCCCGCCUGUACCGCACAGGGCCCAGUGGGCCAGGGGCUCGCCGGCAGCCUGGUGCCCAAAGACCUUGGUAUGUGUCGGUGAAUGGCAAGGGUCGGCCACGCAGGGGCUUCAAGACCCGCCGCACACAGAAGUCCUCUCUUUUCCUGCCCCGAGUACUGGGCCACAAGGACCAUGAGAUGGUGCGGCUGCUGCAGAGUGGCCAGCCACGAGUCCCAGGAGAGGGCAGCCAGCCUAGGCAGCGGAGGCAGAAGAAGCAGAGCCCAGGUGAUCAUGGCAAGAUGGAGCCUUUGUCUACCAGGGCCACUCCAAGCACCCAACUGCAUACAGGUGGACUGGCUGUGGCCUGAGUGGCCACCUGGAAAGCCCUCUGAGACCAAGCCCAGCAGGCACCCAUAAUCCACUUGGAGCUCUGGCCUCCCCACCCUUGUCUCUGGGCUGGCUGCUUGGGGACCAAGAACUUGAAUGCCUUUUGUGGCUUUCAAAGAGCAAGUGCCAGCUGCUAAGGGGCUUGAGUCAUAGACUCUGGAAGACUCGAAGUUCAAGAUGUAUGUGGAGUGGCAUGAGAGGGAAUUCUUGUUACAGGGGUCAUCCUAACCCCAGGUGGCGCCCAGCCAAUGGCAGACAGUCCUGGCAACCUGAGACAGUAGACAGUGGAGGGGGCUGUGAUUCAAACAUUAAAGGUGUCUUUCUGUCUUGCUAUUUAACA